AACCUCAUAUAAUACAUAUUCACAUCGACUAGUGUACAAGUGAAUUUUAGAAUAGAUCUUGACUUAGAUUGGUCUUAAAAUAAUAAUUUAGCACCACAGUAUUAGCUAGAGAGCCAUGUGAUUUGUAUUUCAACGCUGGUUUAGAUGAACUAUUGAUUAGAUUGGACAAAAUAGAAGAAAGCAAAAAAGUGAUCAAUGGAGAGCCCUUUGUUGACCAAGAGUGAGCACAACGUCGAAGACGUUACAGUCCAUGGCGAUCCUUCCUCAAAUGAAGAGCACAUAGUCGACAUUACAACCAAUGGAGAUUCUUCACCAGCUGAUGAGCACAUCGUGGACAUUACAAUCAAUGGCGAUUCGUCAUCAGCUGAAGAGCAAACUCCACAUGAGGCUUCUCAAUGGAGUUGUUCAUUUAUAAACGGAAUUGUCUGGAUUUUGGUCGAGUUAGCUGUGACUUUGUCACAGAUUGUUGCAGCCACAUUUUUUCUGACUCUGACAAAAGAUGAACAGCAUCCAGAACUAAAUCAUGUACCUUUGUUAAUAUGGAUCAUCUGCUAUACUUGUGCCUCUAUUGCCACUGUACCUAUUGUAUGUUGCCGUUUAUGGCAAUAUAUCCGAACCGCUAGAUCAGGGACAUGUUACGAGUUGAUCGGUUUGGAAAAUUUUCUUGAAACUUGCUUCGUCUGUUUGGUUGUGAUGUUUUUGUUGGGUUUUUUAACGGAGUUAUCAUCACGUGAUCCUAGUACUAGUCAACACUUCUGGUUAUGGCUGGCUCUAAUUGCUUUCAGUUGCAUUCGAUAUCUGCUUCCUAAUCUCACAUGUGUCAAAGAGUGCUUCGUGUGGCCUGUGCUUUUCCUUGUUAAACAACUUUGGGAAGGCAUAAUAGCAAUGAUUGAUGCGUUAACUGCACUCAUUGGGCUCAUCAUUGCAAUCAUUGGGUACAUCUUAUUUUUGAUCCUUUCAAUCUUUAUGUACAUCUGCGGAUAAAAAUGAUGCAUGGAUCAUGUCGUUCUCUUCAACAAUUGUUGUAAUACUCUCUUUCUAUUUAUCAAAUAAAGUCAAGUGUCAUUAGCAUUACUGAAUCCUCUAUUCCUGAAAUCUUCAG